AUGUCCGUGUCAAUCACGUGUCCCACCCCGACCCGUUGCCCCCCAACCCUCACAACAGUUCCCCCUGAGCUGCUUCUCCGAAUCAUCUCUUUCCUCCCAAACUCCAGCUCUUUUCUCCUCCUCACACAGACCUCGUCCGGUCUCCGUCAUUUCUUCACCUUGCAUGCCUCUCAGAUCUGCAACAAUUUCAUCCUCUCCCACUUCUCCUUCGAAGCCUCCCUCCUCCGCUCCGAGAUCAGAGAUGGCUGGCUAGUGCCCACACACCGCGCCAUCCUACUCGAAGAAGGCCUCCUCCUCGAGCGGAAGAGAAGAGCGUGCCGGGUCUGUGGGCAGGGAGUAUCAAGGUCCAGUGUACAAACCCUUAUCCCCGAACCAGACAUUCUCUUAGAUCAAAAAGCCUGCCCCCAUUAUCCAUCAUUUCUGCCCCCGGACUGCGGUGAUAGAGAUCACGCGGAGUUGCGAUUCGGGCUCUCGACGCCCGGACCGCAGUACAUGAGAUUCUUGGAGGAGUAUGGCAGGGAACUCAGAAUCCGUGGCGAGCUGGCUGGCCUCCUCACCGCAUCUCCAAUCUCCGACAUAUCCUCUCUAUCUGACGAGGGAAACAGCGAGGAAAGUAAUAGAGAGACCGAGUUUGAGUGGCAGAUCUCUACAUACGCAGUUCGUCCGUACCUUAGGAGGUUGGAUGCGCUGAGAGGUAGCGAUAGAUCUUGUGGCAUUUCGUGUGAUGUUGCUUCUUCGGCAUCAACCAUCACUCCACAAACGUCCAAACUCAGUCUAGGCCGAAAGGUAAUUGCAAAGACUUUCCUGGGGAAGAUUUUAGGGUUGGAGACGGACGUGAAGCAGGAACGAAAGAGGGUGUUUGGCGAGCUUUCCCAGGGGUCUCGGGAGAGAAUCAUGAGUGAAAUAAGGAGGAAAGAUGGCUUCUGGAGAGACGACACGAGCGCCGCGCUACUUUGGUAUUUUGGUAUUGAUGGUGUGGGAGGAUUGGGCCCUCCUUCUCCAACUUCAAUAUCUCUAGCCCCUCCAGCUCCAAAAGAAGAAAAGGAGCGGAAAACCAAAGAUAUGGUGAGAAGCAUAAAGGAGAGGGCGAAGAAGGUAGAGCAGAGGGUGCGUUCGACACUUGUUGCAUCUUCCGGUCGAAUGAUCAAUUCUUUUGUCCAUGGGGGUUGCUUUGGGAAGAAGGGGUAUGAAAAACUUUGA